UUCAAUCGCCAGAUGUCAUUGGCAUCUUCGUCCGUGGUUUGUGAAUUAUGUGUGAGUAUACUGUGUGAGUAUUAUCGCGACUGCAAUAUUUGCUCCCUUGGCUCUUUUACCUGAAGUGUUCUGAAAUCAUCGAGAAUCAUUGAAAUCCAUUAAGAAUAUGAUAAAUCGUGUUCGGCCUCGUCUUGUGACCUUUGAUGUGACCGGCACAUUGUUAAUGACGAAACUUGAAGAGCAUUACGUCGAGAUCGGCUCUCAACAUGGUUUAUUCAUCGAGCCAAAAAAAUUGGCGCGAAGUUUUGAAAGCAAUUUCUCGCAACUUAGCAAGGAGCAUCCGAUAUAUGGCAAACACACUGGUUUAGGAUGGGAGAAUUGGUGGAGAACAAUUGUGCAUAAUGUAUUCAGAGAUCAGCUUGCUUCCGUGUCAAAGGAUAAAUUGAACAAGGUUGCUGACAGCCUGAUAAGUUGCUACGGUACCAGCAGAUGCUGGCACAAGUAUCCUGGUACUAUUGAACUACUCGACUUCCUGCGAAGAAGGAAUGUCAUAGUGGGUGUCAUCUCGAAUUUCGAUGAACAAUUAGAAUCAGUCCUCAAGGAGACUCAAAUUCACCAAUAUUUUACCUUUGUUUUGACUUCGUACAAUCUUGGUGUGGAAAAGCCGAGUUUGCCGAUAUUCGAGGAAGCGUUAAGAUUAGUAAAACAUCUUCGAGAAGAGGAAAUAUUGCCUCAGGAAGCGACGCAUAUCGGUGAUAGACUGGACAAUGAUUAUUUUGGAGCGAAAAACGCCGGUUGGAAUGCUUUGUUGAUUAAACAUGAGAAUGAAAUUGUUGAGAGCAAAAUACCUAAGGAAGAUGUUUUUGGAAGUUUGAAGGAGCUUCAAGAACACUUUAGGAGGAUAUUUGGAACAAAUUACAUAGCGCGAUGAUAUUAUAUCUAUUAUUUAAUAUAUAUCUUUAUCUAAUAUUAGAUUUAUAUAAUAGAACAGUUUUAUAUUAACGAAAUAGAAUUAUUUCAAUUAUAUUUAUAUUUGAUAGUAAUUUGCAAAACAAAAAACAAUUUAAUCAGGAGAAAUGAAUACAAAUUUGAUUGAAUCUUUUUUUAUUUUAAUCUUUUUGUAUUUUAAUCUCUGUAUAUAUUUAGUGUAUCAGAGAUUUAUAGAUAUUUAAACAUGAAUAUUCGGUAAAUGUAAUAUAUGAUAAACUGUAUACUUGUUAAAAUAAUCAAGAAGAAUCUCUAAUCUGGUUUAAAUAAUAAUCAUCAAUUAUGUAGAUGUAAGGAAACAAUAACAAUUCUAUUAUACAAGACACACAUAUUGUGAAAUUUUUUGUACAUAUUAUAGCAUUAUAUAUUAUUCAUAAAAAAA